AAAUUUGACAACCGCAUGGACGACGACAAAGAUGUCAAAAUAAAAACAUGAGAGUUCUAAACAACAAUAAGAGGAUACGAUUGAUGAGAAAACCAAAGGAAAUAUAAAAUGAGUAAAUCAGAGAUAAUGCAUCAGAAGAAUUAGAACAACAAAUUAAAGGUACCUCUGUAAAAAAAAUCAGAAUCGAGCAACAUUUUUCGAUUUAUCAAACAGCGGAGAGAUGUUUAUAGUCACGAAAGAGAUCGACAGUGAGAACAUUAGCAAAUUGUGCCGCACGUGUUUGCGGGAAGACGGCGACAAAAUGGUAUGCCUGUUCGUUGGACCAGCUGGUUCCUCACUCGCCGCUAAAUUACGAUCUCUCUCUUGUUUGGAAGUCUGGCAAGGAGACGGCUUACCUGAAAAGAUGUGCGACCGUUGUGUCACCAGAGCGGAAUCAGCUCUUUUGUAUCGAGAGCAAUGUCGCGCUGCUGACAGGGCUUUGAGGCAAGCAGCAUUGAAGGUAUCCCGAUUGACAUCAUACACUACUGUUUCCGGCUGCAAGCUCUAUCAAAAUCAGCAGAAUCAAGGAUUCAUGCCUGUACAAAAUUCUCACAAGACACUAAAAUGUGUGGAAUGUGGCGCAGUAUUUAUGAAUUAUCAGGAGCUAUGUGCCCAUAACCGACUCCAUUUGCCAUUUAUUCAGGACAACAUACCUAUGCAACAUAUGCACAUAGUGGAGUCUCAGAAUCCAUAUCUUAAUUUUACUCAUGUCAGUUCAAAUUUUGCAAACGAUAACAUUCCAAGUACGCAAUUAUCUCCAUUAGUUAGACCAAAUAUGAUGCAUACUAUGUCACUGAACGAAGAAAGUUCAAGUCGAGCUGCUUGUGCCUUACAUUGUUCCUUGUGCAAUCACACUUUUACCAAUAGAAGACAGUUAAUAAGUCACAAUAUAACGCACAGUACGGAGAGUGUCGAUAUGUCAUGCGACAAUGAAAACAUAGAAAUUUGUGAGAAUUCUAAUCAUAUCCCACAAAAUUUAAGUUACGAAAGAUCAAUCCAUUCCGUGGAUAAUCCUAUUCAAAACUUGUCAUAUCAGCGAUCCACCGUGGACGAUACCGAUGGAAUACAGAAUAUAAACUUUCCAGAAAAUAUAGAUCUUGAUGGAGUCCAGGAAAGCAGUUCGGAACGUAUGCAAAAUGUAACGAUACAUUCCGAAAACGAUGUGUCGAUUGCCGAAAACUUGAGGUUUAUAAAAUCACCCGGAAAAGAUAGGCAACUCGCGAUUGAAUAUCAUGGAUGCCAAAGUGACGAUAAUUAUAAAGAACCUCUCGACAUAAAAGCCACGGAAGAUGUUAAUGCUAAGAAGCAUCAGUGUGAAAUAUGCUCGAGACAAUUUUCACAAAAAUCUAAAUUAUUUGCUCAUCAGCUAUCUCACUCUGGUCAGCAACCAUUUAAAUGUUUAAGUUGCGGCAAAGGAUACGCAUCGAAAAGCAAACUCAGUGCACAUAUGAGAUUACACACCAAAAUCAACGUACACCAGUGUAAGGUGUGCGAUAAAAUAUUUUCAUAUCCGUCAUACUUGGAGGAACAUAUAAAGGUCCAUAAUAAAAGUAAUAAUACAUCGCAGAACAAGGAUUAUGAAUGUACGACUUGUAAUAAACGUUUUCGGCUUUUAAAAAAUUUGAAAGCUCACGAAAGACUCCAUACCGGAAAAGGUUUAGUGCAAUGUGAAAUUUGUGAUAAAAAAUUUAGUCAUAAUUAUAAUCUGAAAAUGCAUUUGCGAACACACAAAACAUCAAGAGUACAUAAAUGUGAGUAUUGCGAUAAGCGCUUCGUACAGAAAGGUAAUUUGGUCGAGCAUUUGCGAAUUCACACUAAAGUGAAGCCUUUCGCGUGUACAUUGUGCAGCAAGAGAUUUGCGCAAUCGAGUCACCUUAAAAGCCACGAAGCCUCACACGGUACAUUGAGGCAACAUCAAUGCCGAUUAUGUGGUAAGAGAUUCAAACUGGCCAAUCAUUUGAAACGGCAUUUAAAUUUACACACCGGUACAAAGACUUAUAAGUGCAAUCAGUGUAACCAAAUAUUUUCGCAAUCUUUUAGUUUAACGAGACACUUAAAGAAACAUAAUGAAUCGCAUAUAUAA